AUUGAGACGCGUCCCGCAACCCAAAGUUCGACACGCAGAUUCAGUUACACUCAAGUCCUCAGUCGCCGUACUUGAGCGCCAGUGACCCUAUUUGGGAGCAUCUAACAUGACUGGAGACUACCAGUAACACUGUUGACGAGGACACGCCUGUAUCAUUUCCCUACCUCUCGCAACAAUGCCUGUCCGAAAACCGUCUCGAUACGGUUCGAACGUGAGACUGGGAAAGGAUGCCUCACGCGGACGACGAACCAAGACGAUCGACGCCUCCUCACUGCGCGCCACCGAGGGAACCUCUCAGGAUGAGAAAAUCCAAGCCACACGGCUGGCAAACAAUAUCGACGAUGCCAUGGGCUUUCCCAGGUAUGACUCUGGAAAGAGAAGAGUGGGGUGGCUCUACAACAUGCACAGUACGUCGAUUGAAGACCCGAGAGUACCGGGUGGUCGCGCCGGAGUUGAUUUCUACUUUCUCGGAGAGGACGGUGAAAACUUUAAGGCGACGGUUGAUUAUGACCCGUACUUCUUGCUGGCAGUAAAACGGGGGCGAGAAGCUGAGGUCGAGGAAUGGUGCAAGAGGAUAUUUGAAGGACUCGUGAAAUCAGUAAAUCGCAUAACCAAGGAAGACCUACAAAUGCCGAAUCACCUCCUCGGAUAUAAACGAACAUUCCUCCAACUCACAUUUGCAAACGUCUCGGACCUGCUCACUGUCCGAAAGACGCUCUUACCCAUUGCGGAAAGAAAUAAAGAGAAAGUGAAUGCGAUGGAUACAUAUGCAGAGGUUGCUAGCGCAGCAGCAGGUUUCGAUGUGUAUGAUGAAGACCAGGCAAACGGCACUCGACUGAAUGGGAUCGCAGACGCCAGCGAUUACAUUGUGGACAUCCGAGAAUAUGAUGUUCCGUACCAUGUUCGUGUUACCAUCGACAAGGACAUCCGAAUUGGAAAAUGGUACAAUGUCGAGUCAAAACACGGCUCAGUCUCCCUAGCAUGCCUCGAGGAACGUUUACAGCGCGCUGAUCCUGUCGUCCUGGCAUUUGAUAUUGAAACGACAAAGCUGCCUUUGAAAUUUCCCGAUCAAGUCAUUGACCAGAUCAUGAUGAUUUCAUACAUGAUCGAUGGGCAAGGCUUCCUCAUCACGAACAGAGAAAUUGUCUCGGAGGACAUUGCCGAUUUCGACUACACCCCAAAGGCAGAAUAUGAAGGGCCCUUUUUGAUAUUCAACGAGCCAAAUGAGCGUGCCUGCAUUGAAAGGUUUUUCUCCCACAUCAAGGCAGCUCGACCUACCGUUAUCGCGACAUACAAUGGAGACUUCUUCGACUGGCCGUUUGUCGAGGCAAGGGCAGGCGUGAAUGGUAUCGACAUGUACGCGGAAAUCGGAUUCCGCAGGAAUAGCGAAGACAUCUACCAGAGCAACUACUGCGUCCACAUGGAUUGCUUCGCUUGGGUUAACAGGGACAGUUACCUGCCUCAAGGGAGUCGGGGUUUGAAAGCUGUCACAGUUGCAAAGCUAGGCUACGAUCCCGACGAGCUCGAUCCCGAACUGAUGACCCCCUACGCAAGUGAACAUCCUCAAAUUCUUGCAGAAUACUCUGUUUCUGACGCUGUGGCGACAUAUUAUCUCUACAUGAAGUACAUUCAUCCCUUCAUUUUUUCACUCUGCACGAUUAUCCCGCUCAAUCCAGACGACACCCUACGGAAAGGCACGGGCACUUUAUGCGAGAUGUUGUUGAUGGUCCAGGCAUACCAGAAGAACAUUGUGUUACCGAACAAACACAAAGAACCGAGAGAAGCUUUCUGGGAGGGUCAUCUACUCGAGUCUGAAACAUACGUUGGCGGACAUGUGGAGAGUAUUGAGGCCGGUGUUUUCCGUGCGGACAUACCGGUCAACUUUGCCAUCGAUACGACAGCGAUUGACGAGCUUUUACACGAUCUUGAUGCGGCCUUGAGGUUUUGCAUUACCGUUGAAGAGAAAAAAUCCUUGGAUGAUGUUACGAAUUAUGAAGAAAUCCGAGCACAAAUUGUUGAAAAGUUAGAAGACCUGAAGAAUACGCCUAACAGAAACGAGCGGCCUCUGAUAUAUCACCUGGAUGUUGCUUCCAUGUAUCCCAACAUUAUGACUACGAAUCGCCUUCAACCUGAUUCUAUGAUUGCCGAAUCAGAUUGUGCUGCCUGCGACUUCAAUCGACCUGGGAAGACAUGUGAUCGACGACUGCCGUGGGCAUGGAGAGGAGAGUUCUUGCCUACCAAGAGAGACGAAUACAACAUGAUACGCCGCGCAGUAGCGAAUGAGACCUUUCCCGGAAAAGGCCCCAAAGCACCUAGACGAGCUUUCCAGGAAUUGAGCCUGGACGAGCAAGCCGCAACGGUGCGAAAAAGACUUCAAGAAUAUUCAAAGAAGAUCUACCACAAGAUCCAUGAUUCCAAGACCAUCGAACGGGAGGCUAUUAUCUGCCAAAGGGAGAAUCCCUUCUACGUCGAUACUGUCCGCGACUUUCGAGAUAGGCGGUACGACUUCAAGGGAAAGCAGAAGGUCUGGAAGGGGAAGACAGAAGCACUGAAGUCUUCCGGUGCCCCUGGUCAGGAAAUUGAAGAGGCUAAGAAAAUGAUCGUACUCUACGACUCUUUGCAGCUAGCCCACAAGGUCAUUCUCAACUCUUUCUAUGGCUACGUCAUGCGCAAGGGAUCCAGGUGGUACUCCAUGGAAAUGGCAGGCGUCACUUGUCUUACCGGAGCGCAUAUCAUUCAAAUGGCGCGUGAGCUUGUGGAACGAAUUGGACGUCCGUUGGAACUAGACACCGACGGAAUUUGGUGUAUGCUUCCAGCGACUUUCCCCGAGAAUGUCAUCUUCACAUUGAAAAACGGCAAGAAAAUGGCAAUUUCUUAUCCUUGCGUGAUGCUCAACCAUCUAGUUCACGCACGUUUUACAAAUCACCAGUACCAGAGUCUCGUGGAUUCGGCCACGUUCAAGUAUGAAACGCAUAGCGACAAUUCGAUCUUCUUUGAGGUCGACGGUCCUUACAAGGCUAUGAUUCUCCCAACCUCAAAGGAGGAAGACAAGAACUUGAAGAAACGAUACGCAGUGUUCAACCACGACGGGAGUCUUGCCGAGCUGAAGGGGUUUGAGGUCAAACGAAGAGGCGAGCUGAAGCUCAUCAAAAUUUUCCAGACUCAGAUUUUCAAGUUUUUCCUGGAAGGAAGCACUCUGGCGGAAACAUACGCGGCAGUGGCUCGUGUGGCAAACCGCUGGCUUGACGUUCUGCAUUCGCAUGGUUCCACGCUUGCUGACGAAGAGCUCAUUGAUUUGAUUUGCGAAAACAAAAGCAUGACCAAGACGCUCGAGGAAUACGGCGGCCAGAAAUCAACAUCGAUCACAACAGCAAAGAGGUUGGCAGAGUUUCUGGGGGAUCAGAUGAUCAAGGACAAAGGUCUGAACUGCAAGUAUGUCAUUUCCGCAAGACCCAGGAAUACACCCGUCACGGAUCGAGCCAUUCCUGUCGCGAUCUUUUCGGCGGAUGAUGGCGUUAAACGCUUCUUCUUGCGAAAGUGGCUCAAGGAGGAUCCAGCCGAUAUGGAUCCCAGAACCGUGAUCGACUGGGACUACUAUCUUGAGCGCCUGGGCUCUGUAGUCCAGAAGCUCAUCACAAUUCCUGCUGCUUUGCAGAAGAUCAGAAACCCCGUACCGCGUGUUGCCCAUCCAGACUGGUUGCAAAAACGAAUUACGGCAAAGGACGACAGAUUUAAACAGAAGAAGAUGACCGAUCUCCUCGAGAAGAAGCCCCUUACCGAGCGCUCGGUUAAUCUCUUGGAUCAUCGACUUCCUGCUAGCGGAGACAUCGAAGACGCCCUCAGCACCCAAUUUAAGCCGCAAGGACAAGUCACCAAAUCUACAAAACGAAAAGCCUGGGAAUCAACAAAUUGCGGGCUUACUGAUCCACUUCUGCCUUCCCCUUCGGAUGCUCCAUUGAUCGAUGAAGACUAUCAGGGUUGGCUCCAGUUUCAGAAGAGGAAGUGGAAGUCACAAAAGCAGGCCAAGGCGCGACGACGUCAACUGUUCGGAGAGAGACAAAAUGUUGCUACAGACUCCAUCAGCAGCUUCUUCCGCAACCAAGCCGAAUCGAUGUACACUAAUACCUGGCAUGUUCUACAAUUGUGUCAAGGGGAUUUGCCCGGCGAAGUGGCUGCGUUUGUCAUUAUCGGGAAGAAGAUCCACACGUUGCACAUCAAAGUCCCGCGCACGCUGUAUCUCAAUCUCAAAGGGGAAGAGCUUCCAAACGUGGAUAUACCUGGUUGCGAUGUCGAAAAGGUCAGUCAUGUGCUACCGAAUGGCCAUCCAUCAGUGCAUCUGUUCCAAUUAACGAUGCCUGAGGAGACAUAUUUGCGAGAAGCAGAAUCAGUAUCGUUGUUGUGCAAUCAUCCGAGUGUUGAAGGCGUCUAUGAGCGUCAACUGCCCCUGUUUAUGCGCGCCCUGCUGAAAUUGGGGAACAUGUGCUCUUUCGAUGAGAGACAGAAAGGUGUUCUUGGGAAAGGCCUUGAACAGGGGUUUGAUCUAGCAUCACUAGUCAGGAGUGAUGCCCAGUCGACAUACCUAGAUGAGCCCGCCUCCUUGGGGUAUAUCUACUUGUAUCACGUUGCUGCUGGUGACAGGAACGUAUUCGCUCUCUUCUCCACCACCAAAUCAGAGGCGCAUAUCAUCGUCAUGAGUCGCAGCCGCGACAGCCAGAUGCCGAAUGCUGACAAGAUCUAUACCGAACAAUAUCGUCAGAAAGUCCAAGAUGAGGCUAUGGUGCAGGCCAUCUUCGACUAUCAACCCAGCAUAAAUUUCAAGAUCUCGCAAGUGACGACAAAAAGAAAGGCACACCUUGAACUAGCAGAUAUACUGAAGAAGUGGCGAUCGGAUGAGACGAAGCCGACAAUCAUCCUCCUUCAGACAACUGCGCACAAGAGCUUCGUUCAUGAUGUUCGAUCCAUCAGGGACUAUCCUGUCAUAUUUCUGCCAGCAGAGCAAUCUGACAUAGAUCUCCCCUCCUUGGCUUGGCGAGGCCACGCCAUCAAGCAGCUGAUCUCUCACUACUUCAACGUUUCUGGAUGGCUGGUGCAUCUGAUUGAGCUUGCUCGGUACGGUGAUGUACCUCUAUGCAACCUCGAAAGGGACGACCCUCGGUUCCUCAUCGAUCUGGCCUAUGCGCGGAGGUUGAAGAGAAGCAACAUCGUUCUGUGGUGGUCUGAUCAAGCUCGCCCAGACCAUGGCGGACACGAGCGCGAUGAUAUUCUGGGCCCGCUCAACGAAAUAGUGGAGAUGCCCUCGAUCAACAAUCCAGGAGCCUACACUUCGGUCUGUGUCGAUGUAUCAGUACAGAACCUUGCAAUCAACACUAUACUGACCUCGUCCAUAAUCAACGACCGCGAGGGUUCUACCGAGUCUGUUGCCUUUAACCCGACGGUAGACGAAGACAAUCCGCUCAACUCCAACAUGAUGAAGUCGAAUGGAGGGUUUGCACAGGCAGCGCUCGAAGUACUCCGAGAGAUGGUUAAGUCAUGGUGGGCAGAAGCUUGUCGCGGUCAUCGACUCGCAGACGUAAUGGUUCAACAUUUAGUCCGAUGGGUUGAAGCUCCUGCUUCCUGUCUUUACGAUCGGCACCUGCAUUACUAUGUGCAGAUGAUGUCAAAGAAAGCGCUGCAGCAACUCAUCACUGACUUCCGCCGGGUGGGUUCUCAGGUUGUUUUUGCGAGCCCGACACGGUUACUUCUACAAACUUCAAAGCAAGACGUCGAAAACGCAUAUGCGUAUUCCCAGUACAUUCUCAAAUCGAUCCAACAAAAGCCGCUGUUCCAAUUCCUUGGGCUCGAGGUCAAAGACUACUGGGACAUCCUGCUUUGGUACGAUGCAUACAACUACGGCGGUAAAGGCACCCCUACGGUUACAGAGAAUACUACUCACUCCAGUCUCGAGAUCGUUGUGCACUGGCAACUUUCACAGUUCCUGCCACUGCCCUUGCAACCUAUUUUCGACGACUGGGUGAUCAUCUUCAUCGAGUUCAUGCAAAACCUGAAAAGGCCGCAAAAGUCAUUUGAGAGCACACCGUCCACCAUUCGACCUACCCAAUUGCCCUCUCCAUUCAUCAGUUUGACGGAAGAUCCAACCAGCACCGAGAUUACAAAUGUCCUGCAAGACCAGUUUUCCAAGCCCCUAAAGAAGCAAAUCACUAGUUUGAUUCGGCGUCAGCGGGAGGAAUUAUUACAUCCCGAACUGGCCAGCGACUGGACAUUUCCAUCUUUGCCAGGAGGGACUCUGGAAUCGAGUGAUUCGCGCCAUCCACGUGACCCAGUCCUGGAACUGGUGAAAUCGCUUAUGCAGAUACUCUCUUUGUCGAAACCUCUUCAACUUGAAGCACGACUUCUCCGCAAAGAGCUCCUGGCCCUCUUCGACGUCCGCGAGUUUGGGAAGGAGGCCCGAUUCGAAAACCCGAGCGCGAGUUUGCGCUUCGAGAAUCUCGUCUGCGACACGUGUACCAUGACUAGGGAUCUGGAUCUAUGCCGUGACGAGGAUGUGCUACCUGGCAUAAACGAAAGUGGAGUGGAAGUGAGCAACAAACCAUGGACCUGCAACAGUUGUGGGGCGGAGUACAACAAAAUCAUCCUCGAAGAGAAACUCAUUGCGAGGGUUCAGUCAAUGCUGCUGACAUGGCAGGCACAGGAUAUUAAAUGCAAAAAGUGUGGUGGUUUACAGGGUGACGACAGUGCAUUUGCAGAUCAUUGUUCAUGCGGCGGAGAGUGGAUCGCCACCGUGGAUGUGAGAGACAUCAGGGGAAGGCUAAAGGUAAUGGAACGGGUAGCGGGUAUGUAUGGGUUGAGGAUGGUGAAGGCGGUUGUUGAGGAGGUCAAGACUAUGUGUAUGAUUUCAUGAAUACAUGGGACAUGAAGGGUAGAUUCUGUGCAUUAUUAACCCAAGGGUCGGGGAAGUUGAGUGUCUCGUGGAGAUGAAGCAAUACCUUACUCGCUGCACAGGCCUCCGAGGGCAUGGUAGAUGGGACGGAAAAAUGCAUUGUCAUGAGCAAAAAUUAACGAUUUGGGCAAUGCUCAUGGAGACGAACGUAUUUGUAACCACUCGCUAAAAGUGGCCGGUUG